AACGGAAGUAAACAAUGACAAGGAACAAUUUUCACGUUAGCGUUUUAUAUUUAGACGUUUAUUAACACCAUGGAACUCAAAAUAUGACUAAUUUAUCUGCACAGCAUCACAUACAUACUCCAUGUAGUAUUUAAUUCGCGUUGGAGACAGGACUUGGUUGAUAGAUGUUAUCUAGGUAACGCUAGCUAGCGAACAAUGGCUAACGUUAACUGUAUGGUUUUUAACGCUCAAAUAGCCUCCAUCAUGGAGGUGCUAGCAAAUGCAGCCGUGGCAGAGAUCUGUAAACUCGUAGACGACGACUAUGCAGUGUUUCGGUUGGAAAUAACUCAAAGCCAGAAAGAAAACAGGGCAAUGCGGAGGAAAUUACAGCUACUGGAACUGAAGGUGGCACGGGAGCGCGUCCUCGCCAGUCGUCCCAGUAGUGUCAAGAUCCUCGACCGAAACAGAGGAAUGGCAAGAGGUGAAGGACAUCUCACUGGAGGCCACAGGAGCUUUGUGAAGCUAGCGGGCCACAAUACAUGGAGAGAUGACCAACCAAUCACUGUUGAUGAGGGGAGUGGAACCUCAACCCAGCAUGUUAUUGUGAUAGAGUCUGCAGAUGCAGAGGCUGCAGGUCCUGGGGUCAAGCAGGAGAGGACUGAAGGAGAGGACCCACGACACAGCACAGACAUCCAGACUGGAGCAGCGACUGGAGUAGCGCCCGCUGUAGCCACGGAAGAACUCUCAACUGCUUACACGCUCCAGUCCAGGACCCGAUGCAGCAUUAAGGAGGCCAGUAGAACGCCCAACGCCAUCCUCAAGUCCGAGACAGUCACAGAAACACAAAGGCUCUUACAGACAGGAUCUGGCCACAGAUCAGACCCAGAGAGACUGGAGCUGGGGCCACUGGGCUGUCCUGCUCUCGACUCAGAAUAUUUACUAGACGGUAACCCAAGCCCGAGGACGGUUCAUUCCCAUCGGGACUCUGGUGAUGUGUUAGGAACUGGUAAUGAUCCGUCAUGUUCUUACACUACAGAGAUGGACCCUGGCAACAUGCCCUUGGGUUUAGAGACACAGACUGAUCUAUCUAGAGGGGACUGGAACCGGUACAGUAGUAGUGUAUACUCUGAAGGGUGCCAAGAUAAGAAAGCGGAGGUUAUAAUCAUAGAUAAAGUGAAAGUGGAGGGCGACGCUCCUCCCACAUGGAAUGUAGACAAGACUCACUUAGGAGAAGGACACUCACAAGGCAGAGAUUUUUUAGAUUACAGGGAAAGCUUAGAGACAAAUACAAAUAUCACGACCCACUCCCCUUUGCACGCGCUCAGGGAUCGUGAGCCAGUGUCCACGUCGAUGGGUCCAACCGAUUCACACGGCCGCAUCCUUUUCCAUCAGGUAUUUAACUCAAACGACCAGGCUAGAGCCCAGCCUCAGGGAGGGGGAGCCACAUCAGGCAGUAGUAAAGAGAAACGGUUCCUCUGCAUGUUCUGUAGCAAAGGCUUCAGCUGCCCCCAGAAGGUGGAGAUCCACCAGAGGGUCCACACAGGGGUAAAACCCUUCAGCUGUACCCAGUGUCACAUGCGCUUUGCCCAGGCUUGCAACCUGAAGAGGCACCAGAGGGUCCACACAGGGGUGAAACCCUUCAGCUGUACCCAGUGUCACAUGCGCUUCUCCCACUCAUCAAGCCUGAAGAGGCACCAGACGGUCCACACAGGGGAGAAAUCCUACAGUUGCCCCCAGUGUGAGAAGAGGUUUUCCCACCAGCACCAGCUGAAGAUGCACCUGAAGGUCCACAUGGGAGAAAAGCAGUUUGUCUGUGCGCAAGAGGAUCUCAGAGAGGAGCUUCCUCAGGAUACACCAGCAGAAAAAACAUUCCACUCUAUAACAUAGACCAGACAUUAGUAACAUAAGGCAUGCCAAGCAAUUUGAUAAAAUGGAGUAAAUCAGUGAACUUGCAUUUGUUUUGAAAUUGCAUUGGUUUUCCAUAAAUGGCUAUUUAUUCAUUGUGUUUUGUUUGGAGAGCUCCUGUCAAUGUUGAGUAUGGACACUCACCUGAUUACCCAUAGAAGUAGGCCUAGGCUACCUGGCCUGCACACAAAUGUAUAAAUGUGCCUAUUUGGGGAUGUCUGAUAGUAUUUCUGAUUGUCUUAACUCACCACCACUAAUGAUCUGCGGUGCUUCUCAUUGUAAUUUUUUUCUUCAUCUCAAACAGCAAGUAGCCAAAACAAUGUCUGUUUUUACAUCCAUUGAUAAUGACAGUAGUUCCUCAAUAACCAGGUUUCCAUCCAACUCUUUUUAUAUAAGUAAAAUACAUGUCGGAUCAAAAUAUUCACUACAGGCCUGAUGGGAAACAGCAAGUCGGUCAACUUUCCAGAUGUUGACAAAUCAAAAUACACUAAACAAGGUUGGAUCUUUGUGUCGGUAAAAUUAAUAAUGCGAGAAAUGGCGGUGGAAAUGCUUUUAUCCGCAAAUAUUGAUAUAAUAUUCAUCAUAUCGAAGUAAACUUGGAGGCACGCAAUGAUAUGUUGUAUGGUCCUCCCACUACGACUUGGGAAAGCAUGCAGUUUAUUAGACUACAGAUUAAAUAAGUUAUGAUGAACAGGGUGGUGAAAGUUCACGGUGAUGAGCUUGAUGCUCCUUUCCAAUAAAUAUUGAGGGUCUUAUUCUGGUGACAUAAUGAUUGAUGUUUGGCUGCCGUUUAACAGAUAAACAUAAUCUUGCUCUUUUGUCCAUAAUAAUCUUAUCACAUAGACUAUAUACCCUCACUGUAUCUGCGUGGUGUUGGCUAGAGCGCAUGUGCCAUCAGUAGAGUUAAAAAUAAGAUAGAAACCAAUUUAUCGGCACAUGGGAAUUUAACCGCAAAAGUAAUUUUUAUGCGCACUACCUCAUCACAUACUGCCUGUUAUCUGCAACAAGAAAGGCUUACUGUGUGUACGUAAAACUGGACACACCCCUCUGAUGGGAAAAUGCGCCUAUGAUUUUUAUGCAGAUUCUAGAAUAUUCACAUGAAAAUCUGUUGCCAAUUGGAUGGAAACCUAGCGAAUGUAUUUAAAAUCUUUCCAGCUCUCUCCCUUUCGAAAACCACCGAGCCUAGGCGUGAAAGGGAAAAAUAUAAUAUAAUCCAGUGAAAUUGCAAAUACCUGAUUACUUCUUAUCCCUUAUCCCAGAGAAAAAGCUGGCUUUGUCCAGAACUCACUGGCGCAAGAAACUCUGAGGACCCAGAAUAGUUGAUACAAUGCUGCAAGUUUGCAAGCUGGGGCUUCGGGCCGGACCCAGUUGAUAGUUGAUACAAUGUUUCAAGUUCUUUGCAGACAGGCGGAGUAGAGAGUUAAAUGCAAUUGAAAGAACAUGAACAAACUGCUAUGCGUAGCCAAUGUGAUUUAUAUAAUACUUAUUUUUAUCAGGAUAUUUUCUACCUGCAAUGUUUUUAUUUAGGCUAUUUUUACCUAGUUGUCAUUAAUAGUUACUUGCAUUGUUAUACGUUCUUUAGCUGCCAAUGGCUCAAGGUGUAUCAUACAAUGUGUCCAUUACACAGAGACAGGCGCUCUUGCAUUAGAUACAUUUUAACUUAGAUCUGUAUCAUUUUAAUUUCUAAAGAAUUUAGCUUAACCACAUGACAAUGAUUUUAAUAUGUUAUUAUCCAUGAAAAUGUUCAUAUGAAAAUCAUAACUUUCACGUAGACCGGUAGCUCCAGACAUGCUGUUUGUCAUGUGCCUUUUUCUCAGGAGUGGCUUCUGUCUGUUCACUCUCCCAAAAAAGCUCAGAUUGGUUAAGUGCUGUAGAGAUUGUUGUCCUUUUGUCAGGUUCUCCCAUCUCAGCCAAGGACCUCGUUGACCAAGGUCCUUCUUGCCAGUUUGGUCGGACGGCCAGCUCUAGGCAGAGUCUGGAUUGUUUUGUAAUUUUUUAAUUUCCCAAUGAUGGAAAUCAUGCUCUUGGAAACUUUCAACAUUCUAGAAAUGAUUUUAUACCCUUCCCCAGAUAUAUGCCUCAUCACAAUUCUAACUCGGAGCUCUACGGACUGUUCAUUGGACUUCAUGCUAUAGUUUCUGCUCUGACAUGCACUUCUUCUUUGAAAUUGGGUUAGUGGAUUGCAUCCAACUUUUAAAGUUGCAUACUCCGCCACCUACUGUACUGGAGUAUGAGGUCAGUCACGGCCUACCUACAUUAAAUUAUCUUCAUUAGUCUUUUUCCUCAAAGAAAGUGAAAGAGCCAUAGACACCACUCCCCUUUCAAUCCCCCAUUACAGAACCCAAAACCGUCCAGCCUCUAACCCUUUCACACAAUCUCUCACUAGCUACGUCAUACCGUUCACAAAAUAUCAACACAUGCCCCAACGUUUCCUCCACUAAACACUCAUCACACAGACCUGUUUUAUGUCUCCCUAUCAUCCACAACGUGACAUUCAAACCUGUGUGCCCAAACUGUAGUCUAUUCCACACAAAUAACUCUGUCCUACAUCGCGUACAACCCACCUCUUCCUUUACUGACUGAUGCAUGCAAUACAAUUGCCUCCACUUACUACUAGCAUCCCACUUCCUUUGCCAAAGACCAAGCCCUUUUGCCCGGAUCAAGGACUUGACUUCCCUGCGGCCCAGCAUGACCUGAAUACCCCUUCUCUCUCUGAAUACCCCCUCUCUCCUCACUACCCUCUUAGCCACCACAUCAACCUUUUCAUUACCCUCCACAUCCACAUGUGCGGGAACCCAGUAAUAGCUUACCACCACUCCAAUCCCAAUAACAGCACCAUCAUCUCCACAAACAAGUCUCCCCUAUCUGACCUGGACUACUCUAUCCGACUACUCAACACUGCAGCCGAAUCAGAGCAGAUCACCACUGAGUGGUUUCAACUCCUCCACCCAUCUCAAACCUAUAAUCAUGGCCAUCAACUCGGCCGCAUACACUGACACAUUCAGUUAACCGCUUACAUACUCUAACAUUGAAAUUUGGGAUAUACAGUACAGUCGGAAAGUAUUCAGACCCCUUCACUUUUUCCACAUUUUGUUACGUUACAGCCUUAUUUUAAAAUAUGGAGAGACUCAAGGCUGUAAUCGCUGCCUAAAGGUGAUUCAACAAACGACAGAGUAAAGGGUCUGAAUACUUAUGUAAAUGUGAUGUUUCAUUUGCAAAAAUGUUUGCUUUGUCAUUAUGAGGUAUUGUGUGUUGAUUGAUGAAGAAAAUAAUUAAUUUAAUCAAUUUUAGAAUAAGGCUGUAAUGUAACAAAAUGGGAAAAAAAGGGCAGGGGUCUGAAUACUUUCCAAAUGCACUGUACACCCCUGCCCCCACCUUACCGCUGACUGGAUCCUUUUCCUUUGAACCAUCUGUAUAUAUCCUAAAAACAAAUAAAACCGAUUAUCCUGAUAUGCACUGUCAAUUGUGGGACAUGAUAUAGACAGGUGUGUUUCUUUCUAAAUCAUGCCCAACAAUUGAAUUGGCCACGUGGACUCCAAUUGUAGAGACGUCUCAAGGAUGAUCAAAGGAAAUUGGAUGCACCUGAGCUAAAUGUUUAGUGUCAUAGCAAAAGGGUGUGAAUACUUUUGUAAAUUAGAUAUUUCUGUAUUUAAUUUACAAUACAUUUGUUAAAAUAUCUAGACAUGUUUUCACUUUGUCUUUAUGGGUUAUUGUGUGUAGAAAAAAAUAUAUUUAAUACAUUUUGAAUUCAGGCGGUAACACAACAAAAUGUGGAAUAAGUCAAGGGGUAUGAAUACUUUCUGAAGGCACUGUAUAUGAUGUUCAGAAAAUGCCUAUUUCAUUACUUUCAUUCAACUACUUAAUUUUUCCUCAAGACACUUUUAAUGAGAUUAUGCAGUUAAUCAAGUUUAUGCAGAUUCUUUUGUUGAGACGUGUGUGGUUUUCAUAUGGUGUAUUUAAAACUUGUUUGUUUAAUAAACACAAAAUGGGACUUUU